UCGCUGCACCAUGAGGAAGCUAGUGGUGAUACUAAAAUCCGAAAACGAUAACGCGGACAACUACGGCGCACUGCUGGAGAAGCACGGUUUCGUGCCCGUAUUCAUACCGACGCUAGAAUUUUCCUUCAAAAAUUUGGACGUGUUGCGGGAUCACUUACUGUCGCCUUACAAGUACUCAGGCCUUAUUUUCACCAGUCCCCGCAGUAUAUCGGCAGUCCGCGAUGCGGUUCAAGGCCAGAAGCUGAAGGACGAUUGGAAAACACUGGAAAACUACAGCGUCGGUGAGACAUCGCGCGAACUAAUCCAGCGAACGCUCGACCUCGACACAAAGGGCCACCAUUCGGGGAAUGCUAGCAAUUUGGCCGAUUUCAUCAAAACCGAUCUGUACAACAAAACCAUCACGAUGCCGUUCCUGUUUCCUUGUGGCAAUCUCAAACAGGACGUGCUGCAGAACAAGCUUUCCGAGUACGGCUACUCGCUAGAUUCGGUGGAAGUGUACGAAACGGUGCCACAUCGGGACCUGGAGCGAAACCUAGUCGCUCUGUUUCGCGGUGAGCGGGAGGAGAAAAGUGAUCGGACGAUCGACAGUUUACUCUUUUUUAGCCCAUCCGGUAUCAACUACUGUGCGCACGUGUUUGAAAAGCAUCGGAUCGAUCUGACCGGCAAACGGAUCAUUGCGAUCGGGCCCAGCACGAAAAAAGCGAUCGAGAACAAAGGCAUUACGGUGCAUCGAACGGCGGAGAAACCGUCGCCCGAUUACGUGGUCGGUGCUCUGCUUCAAGACACUUAAGGCGACACCCGGGCGAAUGAAAAAGGAAAGAAGUCAGCAAAACAGAUUACCAGAGAGUGCAAUAAUCCGUCUUCGGUGUAUAUUUUUCCUAAAUGUUGGUGCAUAGAAGACGAAGCGUUAGAAGACAGACAGGACAUCAUAUUUGGGUACUUUUAUCUCGUCAUUCAGUAGCCAAGAAGUGCUGGAAACUUGUAGAAUUAAGCGACACAAGGGAAACCUAACUAAAUGAUCGUGAAUGUUAUUGAUAUCUUGUUGUUAUAAGGUGUAUACUAGCCAGUUGGAAUAAUGGUGGAAGGAAGUAGGGUUUUAUUAGAAGUAUGUUCUUCUAGAUGAAAUGUUUCCCUUUUUGUUCUUUUUUAACGCCUAUUAGAUAUUUUAUUACGAAAACAUCUCUCUAUAUGAACAGGGAAGAAAUGAAAAAAGCAUCUAAGCAAAAGAAGCGCCGAAAGGUUGCUUCUACGUCGUCGCUUCCUGUGCUCAAAUUUCUCCUUAAAUCUGAUUCCCAUCCUUAGUCCUACAUUACUUUUCUUAUGGUCCUUAAGUUGAUGCAUCUUCCUCUCCUGAUAUACCGGUAAACGGUUAACACAGAGUGUCGAUAGCAGUAGACAUCAAAAACAAAAAAAACCGUAAAGUCAAUUUGUAGCGCUGUUUUAGUGAUAAAUUGUGUACGCUCCCGCGUAGAGAACCGAGUACUAGUUGUUACGGAAAUAUGAAAUAUGUAUGCCAAUAAGCCAAAUGAAGAUACAAUAAUGAACAUUAAGUUCCUCGACUCACAGCACCAGUGUGAGAACUAAGGCCUAGCCGCAACGGGACACUAGUUACAUUUUAGAAGGCUUUUUCAAAUCAAUAUUUUAAACCCGAAAACGAUUACCCUCAUCAUAGCGCACUGUUUUUUCGUUAUGCGAUUGCUUUUUUACAGUAGUCGAUACAUUUAUAGAUGUAGAUGUUACAUUAUUUUAGUUAAAAUUGAUUUUGUUGUUUUUUUUAGAACAAAAUAAAAAAAUAUAGUUAUAGAUUAGCAAAACGUCGUCAUACCGUGCACGGAUUAGCGCACAGCGCCACACUUGUUAGAAAAUCAUUGUUACACUUUUUGGGCUAGUUUCUUCUUUAAAAUUACGUUUGUCGGACGCGUUUACAAUAAAGCACUAGUGGAUGCCACCAGUGGCAAAA